CUAAAUCUAGGAUCCCCACCUCCAGAGCUCCGGGUCACGCGGGGAAGGUGUGGUCUCAGGUCACAACACUCCGAAAGGUCGCGCCUGGGACCACAAAUGCCCGCGGGACAGCCAACCCCGCGCAUGCGGAAAGAACUUGCGCUGGGCUCGGCCUAGUUCGCGAAAAAAAAAAAAAAAAGAUGGUGUCUCGCGAGACUUGCGGGGGGUUGCUAUAGUAGCAAAGAAGCGUUAAGAUUCCAGUUCCACCGGCUAAGAGGAGCAGCCUUCUUCUGCUCUGAUCCCCUCGGUCGGCGCCCCCCCCGCAGUUCCGGACCCCCAGAGCGCCUCUCAGCCGCUGCUGUCCUUCCCGCCUGGCCUCCGCGCGGCCCCCGAGGCUCCCGGCCGAGCGGCUCUGAAGCGCCUGCUGGGAACAACAAAAAAACUAUGUGUUCAGGUUAAUCCGAGUGACUCAGUUCCGCUACUACUAUGGACACUUCAUCCGCAGCUGGCAAGCCAGUCCAGAUCACUGUGAUGGAUGGAUAUGACCUGAAAGGUAGUAAAGGGGAUGCUGCAGUUACCUUUGUUCGGGCAGAAUUUAAUAAUGCAGUCUUGGGAGACUCGUCAAAAAUUACCGUUUCUUCUGAAGGGACAGCAAAAUACAACUUUACCAGCAGUUUUGAGUUCACUUCCGAUGGAGCCAAUACUUUAGAUGACCUUGCCCACAAACCUGUGUUCUUGACUGUGUUUGAAGUUUUACCAAAGGAAAAGAAACAGAAAGAGGAGAAGACUACAAUUCUGGGUCAAGCUGUUGUGGAUCUUCUUCCUUUGCUAGAAGGAGAAUGCACAUUUGAAAUAAUGGCCCCAUUACAUCCUGUGGUUGGUUCCCCUUUAGAGAAUCUUCGACCAGGAGCCAAAUGUUGUCUUGAGGUAACAGUAUCUGUCUCAGAGGCAUUACUGACUACAGCCCAGAUAUUGGGUGGGAACCUUUUAAAGGUGACUUUAGAGGCUGCCUAUUCUGUGCCUGAGAGUUUUGUGAUCACAGGACCUCAACAAAAUUAUAUGGUUGGUUUGCAAGUUCCAUCAAUUGGAGAGAAAGACUAUCCCAUAUUCUUCAGAAGUGGAAUCCUAAAACUUGGUGGGGAAAGGGAACCGGUUCCCCGGCCCAAAAAAUGGCCUAUUUCCAACAUCCUGGCACCAGGAGCUCAGUACAUUCCUGAUUCUUUCAUUACUGGUGGUCCUUAUGUUGAGGAAGAUGGCGAACUCAACAAUCCAGAGGACAAAGACUUCAGAAACCAAGCAGAAAUUUCAAAGAAAAGAAUCGUUUGGGAUUUGGAAAGUCGCUGCUACCUUGAUCCUCCAGCAGUUGCCAAUUUUCAGAAACGAAUUGCAGAUUGCCGUUUCUGGCCAGUGGAGAUAACAAGAAUUCCCAUAAUUCCUGUGAUCAAAGGGAAAUCUGCAAAAGUUGAUAAGACUGAGGAUGAAGCACAAGUUUUCUUUCAUGGUGUGGCCUAUGUUAAUAUGGUCCCUUUGUUGUAUCCCGGUGUGAAGAGAAUCCGAGGAGCUUACCGUGUUUAUCCUUAUGCAGAUGGUAUAGUAUAUGAGAAGACAAAGUGCCUGUUCAGCCUUUUCCGGGAUCUUGGACACCAGAGUAAACUGGGAAACGUUACAGGGGUCAAUUCCCCGCUGGUUAAACCAAUUCUCUCCAAGAACCUGAGGGAGGAAAAGCCGCCCAAAGAGAAAGACACUACAUCUAGUAUAAAAUCCCAGAGCUCAGACAACCCUCUGGAAGGUGAUACUUCUCUGAACCAGAAUUCAGAAGGACAGCAAUACGUGGAAGCCGGAACAUACCUCCUUCUGGAGUUUGAACUGGAGAAAGCCUUAGUACCGAAGCGAUUGUCAGAAGAACUUGCAUCUCGAGUCAAGGAAAUCAUUCCUAUACGACCUGCCCUUGUCCGUCGAACAGGAGGAGCUCAGAAGGCAGUGGAUGAUUACCACACUCAGAUCCAGAACAUUGCCACGGCCAUCUUAGAUGAAUACCACAAGAUGUUUGGCAAAGAGCUGACUACAGGAAAAGAUCUGGAUAACCAAACUCUGGAGGAUCACAAGUGCCAACUCAAUUAUGAGCUCAAUUGUUCUGGAAAAUAUUUUGCUUUUAAAGAACAGCUUAAGCAUUCAGUGGUGAAGAUUGUGAGAGAGAAGUACCUGAAGACAACUGCAUUUGAAAACCAGGAAGAGCUGCAAGCGUUUAUCAGUGAACUGUAUAUAUUCUUAGUGGAUCAAAUGCAUGUCAUCUUGAACCAGAACAUGCCAGAAGAGGCACAGGGCUCCACGGCUGUGGUCACCCCCACCUCUUCAGAUCAACUCCGACUCUUUGCUUACGAAGCCCAGGUCAACGAAGACUUCCCUCUGGCCACAGUGUACUACGAGGAGAGACUGGUUCGUGACAACCAGAACGUGGAGCACUGGCUGGAUUAUGGCUCCUUCUGCCUUCUGACCAACGAUGUUCACAAAGCACAAGAAUGUUUUCGUAAAGCUCUUUCACUGAAUCAGACAAACAUAGACAGCCUACUGCUGUGUGGUCUUCUGGCUAUUAUGAUGGAGCACUAUGACCAGGCCGAGAUUUUUUUCGAAGAUGCCACUUGCUUGGAACCAGCCAAUGUUGUGGCAUGGACUUUGCUUGGCUUGUUCUAUGAAAUUCAAAAUAAUGAUAUCCGAAUGGAAAUGGCAUUUCAUGAAGCCAACAAACAGCUGAAUGCUAAAUUAGCCAAGGAAAAGUCAACUGCUGAGACUGUUGAUAUUGGAGGGAAGCUAGAACCCAGUUUAACAAAUGUAGGAGUUGUGAGAACUUCUUCACCAACCAAAGGAGAUGUAACACAAGAUACCAUAUCCAUGCUAGAUGAGCUUCUUGAAGACACAACCAAAACCCAGCCUGAGUCUGCUGAGCAUCGUAAACCAUCGCUCCAGCAUCAGGUCCUGAGUCCCAUCCAAAGAAAUUCCAAGUCAUUUACUAAGGAAAAGAAAGGUUCAAAAGGUCAUAUGUCAACAUCCGUUCUGGCUUCCCCAGCCUUUCAUGGAGUUUCCCCCAAAUCCAGCAGUAUCUUCAUGGAGACCACACGCUUCUUGAUGAAGGUCAAUGCUGUUCAGAUGGGAGAGGAGGGGACAAAGCAGUCCUCCCCAGGCCGCCUUCAUGUAGCAGACGUCAUUAGAAUGCCCACCUGCAUGCCCAAGUUUGUCCACAGAGUGCUCGCCCAUGAAUUGAUGCACCCCCAAGGAGGCCCUAGCUGUGAAUAUUACUUGGUCCUGGCCCAGACACACCUUCUUAAGAAGGAUUUUGAGAAGACAGAAGAAUACCUCCAAGCGGCCAACCAGAUGGAUUACCUGAACCCCAAUGUCUGGGGUCUGAAGGGACACUUCUUCUACCUGAAUGGAAACUUUGCUGAAGCCAAGGAGUGCUACGAGCGGACUGUUAGUUUUGUAGUGGAUGCUGCGGAAAUGCACUUCAUCUAUUUGCGACUAGGAUCCAUCUAUCUAGAAGAGGGAGAGAAUGAAAAAGCAAAGAACACCUACAUGAUGGCUUGUAAAAGAUCACCUUCGUGCCUGACCUGGCUGGGAGUGGGAAUCGCCUGCUACCGGCUGGAAGAGUUCUCAGAGGCUGAGGAUGCCCUUUCUGAAGCCAAUGCCAUGAACAACUACAAUGCUGAAGUUUGGGCCUAUCUGACUCUGGUCUGCCUAAAAGCUGGGAGGAAACUGGAAGCAGAACAGUCUUACAAAUAUACAUUAAAGCUGAAGCUGAAGGAUGAAGCUUUGCUCCAGGAGAUCCACAUGGUGCAAGACAUGGUUGGCUUUGGGAAUCCUUCCUUCUAAUGACAUAUUCCAGAAAGACCUUCUUUUGUCAUUAUAUAAGGCAGAAAUUCCCUGAGGUCCUGAAUCCUAAAGGAGUCAGGCUAGUCCUAA